CCCAAAUCCAAUGUAAACGUAUAGCACUCUACUUUGGGACAUAUAGCACUACUAUAGCAGGACAGUAAGAAACUGUAAAAGGAGGAAGGGGUGAGUGGAGACGAAGGAAGAAGGAAGGAAAAGGAGAAGGAAGAAGAAGACCCAGGCACCCAGCGAAUUCCGCGGCGAGGCGGCGACGAACAUCUGUCCAGCAGUGAGAAGCGGCCCGGCAAAUCGGUGACGAGAAGCAGUCCGGCGCCGACUCAGUUGACAUCACGUCGCAUCUCAGAGAUGCGCUCCCUCUUCGCUGGCUGAGUGAAAAGCUGCGCAAGUUGUAUUUGACGGGGAAGAGUAAUUUUGACCCAGGGUAUUCUCGUCCCACCGAUUCAAAAUGAGGCCUAUUUAGGAGUUAAAAACUUCGAACUCCUGUUUAAGUUCCCUGCUAUUCUUUUAGUCUUAUUCCCGAGAAAAAAGACAUCGAAAAUCCUAAACAAAACAAAGAGUUUCAAUCUUCAAUUCAAUUUCAUCACGAACUUGCUGUAAUCAAUCUAGAUCUCAUUAAAAAGUUCAGCAAUGGGCAGCAACCGGACCCAUUCUGGAUUCAGGCUUUGGGCGGUGAUCUUUGUGGUUCUCUUAUCUGUAUAUUCAGUUUCUGCAGCGAACAGAAGACCCAAAAAUGUGCAGGUGGCUCUAAGAGCGAAAUGGCCUGGCACCUCUUUACUUUUGGAAGCUGGGGAAUUGCUAUCUAAGGAAUGGAAAGGUCUUUACUGGGACUUCAUUGACACGUGGCUUGGUUCUGCUGAAGGGGAUUCUGAUUGUAAAUCUGCCCAAGAUUGUGUGAAGAAGAUGGUAGAAUAUGGAAAAUCAUUUUUGAGUGAAUCCCUUGCAUUGGUAUUUGAAUUUUCUCUUACACUUCGAUCAGCAUCCCCGAGGAUAGUGCUAUAUAGACAGUUAGCAGAAGAAUCCCUUUCUUCGUUUCCUCUGGUUGAUGAUAUUAAGGUGAAAAAAUGCUGUUGGGUUGAUGCUGGUGGAUCUCUAUUUUUUGAUGUUCCAGAGUUACUGUUGUGGAUUAAUAGCCCAAAAGCAGUAACUGACAAAACAUUUCAGCAGCCUCAGAUAUUUGACUUUGAUCAUGUCCACCCUGAUUCAAGUAUAGGGAGUCCAAUCACUGUAUUGUAUGGAUCCAUUGGGACUGAAUGCUUUAAAGAGUUUCAUCAUAUAUUGGUCAAUGCUGCCAAAGAGGGAAAAGUUUGCUAUGCUCUUAGACCUGUAUUGCCCUCAGGCUGUGAAUCAAUGAGUGGCCCUUGUGGGUCUGUUGGCACAAGAGACUCUGUAAACUUGGGUGGCUAUGGUGUUGAACUUGCUUUGAAAAACAUGGAAUAUAAGGCUAUGGAUGACAGCACUGUCAAAAAAGGGCUCACUCUUGAAGACCCACAAACUGAAGAUCUUACCCAAGAAGUCAGGGGAUUUAUAUUUUCCAAAAUUCUGGAACGCAAGCCAGAGUUAAAAUCUGAGAUCAUGGCUUUCAGGGAUUACCUUUUAUCAUCAGCAAUUUCUGAUACACUUGAUGUCUGGGAACUUAAAGAUUUGGGACAUCAAACUGCCCAGAGAAUUGUUCAUGCGGCUGAUCCUUUGCUGACAAUGCAAGGAAUUAACCAAAAUUUUCCCAGUGUGGUCUCUUCUUUGUCGCGAAUGAAGCUCAAUGAGUCCAUCAAGGAUGAAAUUAUUGAAAAUCAGCGCAUGAUCCCUCCCGGGAAGUCACUAAUGGCCCUAAAUGGUGCUUUAAUCAAUAUUGAAGAAGUUGACCUCUAUUUGCUUAUUGAAAUGGCUCAUCAAGAGUUAUCAUUAGCUGAUCAAUACUCUAAAUUGAAGAUUCCUCCAACCACGAUUAGGAAGCUUCUUUCUACUCUCCCCCCUUCUGAUGGAAACUCCCUACGUAUUGAUUUUCGAUCUCACCAUGUUCAUUAUCUAAAUGAUUUGGAGGCUGAUGCAAUGUAUCGGCGUUGGCGAAGUAACCUAAAUGAGAUUCUGAUGCCUGUCUUCCCUGGACAAAUGCGUUACAUCAGGAAAAACUUAUUCCAUGCUGUUUAUGUACUAGAUCCUGCCUCCAUUCAGGGACUUGAGACGAUUGACGUGAUUAUUUCACUGUAUGAGAACCAUAUGCCUAUAAGGUUUGGUGUUAUAUUGUACUCUGAAAAGCUAAUCAACCAGAUAGAAUCAAAUGAUGGUGAACUUCUCUUGCCUCAAAGAAAAGAUGCUAGCCUGGUAAAGGAGGAUAUUUCCAGUCUGAUCAUAAGACUUUUCCUCUAUUUGAAGGAAAAUCAUGGGAAUGCUAUGGCUUUCAAGUUUUUGAGCAAUGUUAAUAAAUUGCGAAUUGAUUCAAGCGCCGACGAUGCUCCUGAAAUGCACCAUGUUGAGGGGGCAUUUGUUGAAACUGUUUUACCUGAAGCAAAAUCACCACCACAAGAUACUUUGCUGAAACUGGAAAGGGAGAACACUUUUAAAGAAGUAUCUGAGGAGAGUUCAUUGUUCGUCUCUAAGCUGGGCUUGUCCAAGCUCCAGUGUUCCCUUCUGAUGAAUGGCCUUGUCACUGACCCCAGUGAGGAUGCUCUUAUGAAUGCCAUGAACGAAGAGCUUCCCAGAAUACAAGAACAAGUUUACUAUGGUCAGAUAACUUCUCACACUGAUAUUUUGGAGAAAUUCUUGUCAGAAAAUGGUGUUCAGCGUUAUAAUCCUCUGAUAAUGUCUGAUGGGAAAGCCAAACCAAGGUUUGUAUCUCUGUCUGCAGCAAUUCUUGAAGAGGAGUCAGUGAUAAACGACAUCAGUUACUUGCACUCUCCAGAAACCAUUGACGAUUUAAAGCCAGUGACUCAUCUCAUUGGUGCCAAUAUCACAUCAAAGAAAGGGAUAAGGUUGCUUCGCGAAGGAAUCCAGUAUCUGAUGGAAGGUACUGCAAAUGCACGCCUUGGCGUGCUAUUCAGUGAUAUUCCCAAUAACCAUUGGCCAAGCAUUCUUUUUAUCAAAUUCUUCAAAGUUACAUCCGCAUCAUAUAGCCACAAUAAGAGAGUGUUAGAGUUUCUGGAUCAACUUUGCUUGUUCUAUGAGCGUGAAUACGUGCAUUUACCUGCUCCAGUUACCGAAAACAAGCAAGUGUUUAUUGAUAAUGUCUUUGAAAUGGCAAACAAAAAUGGAUUGCCUUCUAAAGUCUAUGAGUCUGCUCUCUCAGUGCUCUCAGAUGACAAGAUUAAGGCAUACGUGUCUAAGGUGGCUCAAUUUUUAUAUAGGCAGGUCGGGGUUGAAUCUGGAAGUGGUGUUGUCAUUACAAAUGGAAGGGUGGUUAACCUUGUUGAGGGCACUACAUUCUUAAGCCAUGAUUUGCAGCUUCUAGAGUCUCUGGAAUUUAAGCAAAGGAUAAAGCACAUUGUAGACAUUACAGAAGAGGUGAAUUGGGAGGAUGUGGACCCAGACAUGUUGACAAGUAAAUUCAUCAGUGACAUCAUCCUGUCCAUCUCUUCUUCAAUUUCUUCACGGGAUCGAAGUUCUGAAAGUGCUCGCUUUGAGCUUUUGUCUGCAACGUACAGUGCUGUUGUGUUGGAAAAUGAAAAUGCUAGCAUUCAUAUUGAUGCUGUAAUUGAUCCUCUGAGUUCCUCUGGUCAAAAAUUGGCUUCUCUUCUUGAUCUACUUUCGAAAUCCAUUCACCCAAGCAUGAGGCUUGUACUGAAUCCAAUGAGUUCUCUUGUUGAUCUACCACUGAAGAAUUAUUACAGAUAUGUAGCGCCAACACUGGAUGACUUUAGCUGGAAAGAUUUUACAGUGCACGGCCCACAAGCAUUUUUCGCAAAUAUGCCACCAUCAAAGACCUUAACUAUGAAUCUUGAUGUGCCUGAGCCAUGGCUUAUUGAACCCGUCAUUGCUGUCCAUGACCUGGAUAACAUAUUGCUUGAAAACCUUGGUGAGACCAGGACACUUCAAGCAGUGUAUGAACUUGAAGCUCUUGUUCUAACAGGUCAUUGUGUGGAGAAGGAUCAUGAUCCUCCACGAGGUCUUCAGCUGAUCCUUGGAACAAAGAGCAGCCCCCACCAGGUUGACACUCUUGUCAUGGCCAAUUUGGGUUACUGGCAAAUGAAAGUCUCUCCUGGAGUUUGGUACCUCCAGCUUGCUUCGGGCAGAAGCUCAGAACUUUACAUCAUGAAAGAAGACAGUGGUGAUGGAAGUGGAGAGGAUACAAUUUUGUCAAAACGUAUCAUUAUUGACGAUCUGCGGGGUAAGCUUGUCCACAUGGAAGUGGUGAAAAGGAAAGGAAAGGAGCAUGAGAAAUUGCUAGUUCCCAUUGAUGAAGAUAGUCGUUCCCGAGUCCGUAAGAAGGGGAAUCAGAACAGAUGGAACUCCAAUUUUCUUAAAUGGGCUUCUGGGAUUAUUGGGGCCAGUGACCAGUCAAAGAGUGAAAGCACACCAGAGGAACUGGGAAGAGGUGGUCGUCAUGGAAAAACAAUCAAUAUAUUUUCGGUAGCUUCUGGACACUUGUAUGAACGCUUCCUAAAAAUAAUGAUUUUGAGUGUUCUGAAGAACACAAACCGGCCUGUAAAGUUCUGGUUCAUAAAGAAUUAUCUCUCUCCUCAAUUCAAGGAUUUGAUUCCUCACAUGGCAAGGGAAUAUGGAUUUGAGUACGAAUUAAUCACAUAUAAAUGGCCUACGUGGUUGCAUAAACAAAAGGAGAAACAGAGAAUCAUUUGGGCAUACAAAAUUCUGUUUCUUGAUGUCAUUUUUCCUCUUGCUCUGGAGAAGGUUAUAUUUGUUGAUGCAGAUCAGAUUGUAAGAGCAGACAUGGGCGAACUGUAUGACAUGGAUCUGAGAGGGCAACCUCUAGCCUAUACUCCUUUCUGUGAUAACAACAGAGAUAUGGAUGGCUAUCGUUUUUGGAAACAAGGCUUCUGGAAGGACCACUUGAGGGGGAAACCAUAUCAUAUCAGUGCUUUAUAUGUUGUUGACCUGGUCAAGUUCCGAGAGACUGCUGCUGGAGAUAACUUGAGAGUAUUCUACGAAACACUAAGCAAGGAUCCCAACAGUCUAUCUAAUUUGGAUCAGGAUCUUCCAAAUUAUGCCCAGCACACUGUUCCCAUAUUUUCACUGCCCCAAGAAUGGCUAUGGUGUGAGUCAUGGUGUGGUAACACAACCAAAUCCAAGGCAAAGACAAUUGAUCUCUGCAACAAUCCCAUGACAAAGGAGCCCAAGCUUCAGGGCGCAAAAAGGAUAGUUGCAGAGUGGCCAGAACUUGACUUGGAAGCAAGAAGUUUCACAGCUAAAAUCUUAGGUGAAGAUAUAUCCCCUCUAGAGCAGUCUAUUCAACCACUUGCUAAAACAUCAGAUCAACCAACAGAGGACAUCGAAUCAAAGGCAGAGCUAUGAUGAUAUAUAUUGCAACAUUUCCCUACACUACAGAUUUAGAGAAUAUAACUAUGCACACAUUAGAUCUGUUAUUAAUACAAAAUUGGAAAAUCAUUUUUGGUCAUGAAAGCGAUAUCGCAUUGUGGCAGUAGGACAUUAUAUUUGCCAGAGGUAAGAUUUGAGGAGUUACAUAGAAUUUCUGAGGCUUUAACUAGUACACGAUUAGUCAAUCUGUACAAUUUUGUUAUGUUUGAAUUUCUUUCACUCAUUUGCUUGUUUCGUAGUUCAUAUAUACAAUGUUAGUUUUUUACGCCGUUUCAUAUCCUCAAAUGUAUGAAACUGUAUGGGUUUUUGUUAUCACACACAA